GGGUAUGCAAUAAGCAAAGCCGUGUAUCAAACUCUUUCAUUUGUUUUAUCAUCUCUCUCGUCUCUUACAUAUACAGAAACAACAAACCAAAAAAAAAAAGAGAAGAAAAAUGGGAUUUUGUUUAUGUAUAUCCUCAGGAGGAUCAACAGACCGAAACCAGAUUUAUGAGAUAACUGAUUACGGACAAGAUAGUGCAGUUUUGUACUCUGACCAACAUGAUCAUGUUCCUCAAGACUUUGGCUCUGUCUCUUCUUUAGCCGGAGGAAAGGGCUUGAACCAAGAUGCUGCCAUUCUCCACCUGGGAUAUGGAACAGAAGAAGGAGCGUUAUGUGGAGUGUUCGAUGGGCAUGGAGAGAAGGGUGAAUUCGUAAGCAAGAUCGUAAGGAGCCAGUUGCCAUCUAUACUGUUACGUCACAUGAAUAAUCAUUCGGUGACUCGAGACUGGAAACUCAUUUGCGAAACUACUUGUUUGGAGAUGGACAAAAGGAUUCUUAAAGUUAAAAAGAUUCAUGAUUGCUCCUCUUCUGGAACUACUGCUGUUUUCGCCGUUAAACAUGGAAAUCAAGUGAUGGUGGCAAAUCUUGGAGAUUCAAGGGCUGUGAUGAUCGGAACAAGUGAGAAUGGAGAAACCAAGGUGGUUCAAUUGACCAAUGACUUGAAGCCAAGUGUGCCAAGCGAAGCGGAGAGAAUAAGGAAACGAAACGGAAGAGUGUUAGCUUUGGAGUCGGAACCUCACAUUCUUAGAGUCUGGCUUCCAACUGAAAACAGACCGGGCCUAGCCAUGUCUAGGGCUUUUGGUGACUUCCUCCUUAAAAGCUACGGAGUCAUUGCAACUCCCCAAGUCUCUACCCAUGAAAUCACUUCCCGCGACCACUUUCUACUCCUUGCUUCUGACGGGGUGUGGGAUGUACUUAGUAACGAAGAAGUAGCUGAGGUGGUGAUGAAGUCGGGAAGUGAGGCAGGAGCGGCCAACGCGGUGGCAGAGGCGGCUACAAAUGCGUGGGUACAGAAAUAUCCAACGGCAAAGGUUGAUGAUAUCUCUGUCGUGUGCCUCUCGAUCAACAAAAAGCAUUGCCCUCAGCCACAAAUAUGAAAUAUGAAUGAAUACUCCUCUUGAUAAACCCCACUUGGUGAAAGAGAAAGCAAAGGGUAAUGACACGACAGCUCACUCAGUACUUUUGUGUUUCGUUCGCCUAUGAGUGAUUGUGACUGUGCGUAUAUAUAUAUCUAUAUAUACUGUCGUAUGUAAAGUCGUGUGAUUAUUUAUUAGGAGACUAAAAAAAAGAAGGAAGAAGAUUAUAAUUAGGGAUGGAUUGUGUCGUGGGGUAAAAGCAACAAAGACUAGAGACAUUUAUGGGGGACACACGUCGUUGGAAUCUAAUGUUGUAUAGCUUUUGGACUGGCUCAGAUUAGUUCAACUUGAUUCUGUAAUAGCUAUAUAAAAAUAAUUGAUAAUAACAUAUAACAAAAUGAUAAGUACUGAUUUGAAAAAAAUGA